AUGGGGAAAAUUCCGCGAGUUUAUCCUAACUUUAGCGAGAUUCUGAAUGCCCAACUGGGCGAUGAGACUUUCGAUCCUGCGGCUGCACUAGAGGCGGGUAACGAGGAAGUUGGAGUUCCGCUUGGCGAAGGCGUCGAUCGUCCGGAAGAGGACUUGGCAGUGGACGAAACGAUCGAUCGUGAUAUUGACUCCCUUCUGAAAAAGAAGAAGAGAAAGCACAAAUCGUCCAAGAAGGCGACGGUUGACUCAACUGAAACUAAAGACGUCGGGACUGAGGAUGUUGAGACCGAGAUUUCUCCCAAGGAUCCUUCGAGCGUUGGAGGUAAUGAGGUUGCGCAGGUUGACGGCAUCGUGACUUUACCUAAGGAGAACCCGGUUGUAGGGGAGCAAACCAAUCCGUCAUCAGUGAAGAGGAAGAGGUUGAUUGACGAUUCCUCCAAGGGUCCCGCUGAAAAGGACUCGAGAAAGGUUAGCCAGCAGCCUGCUGGUCUUUCUAAGGAGGCGAUUCCGCCGUCUUCUCGUAAUCUACCUUGGGGUGGAUCAGGUCCUCCAGCCAAGAAGCCCCCGUUGGCUGCUACCGAACGUUGGGAUUUUCGUCACAAGAAGGACACGCCUUUCGUCAACGAUACGGGUUCGUGCGCCGAGCUGUCGUGUAACAUUCGAGGUAGUGCGCGUGAGAUGCCGGAAAUUCGUGAUCUCGCGUUUCCCGCUAAGUUUGCCGAGUCGGCUCAUGCAGACGCAGUGGCUUCCGCUCGUAAGAACCAGCUUGUCUUGGAUUACGAACUCGCUAUGCGAAAGAUGGCGUUUGACCUUAGCAAAGCUGAAGCAGAGAUCAAAGCCAACGACGCAGAAUUGGAAAAGGCGAGAAGGAACGCCUCGGAGAAGGCAAAGGAGGUUGCUGUUGAGAGAGUCCGCAACCAACGCGAACGCAAGCAGGCUGCCGAGAGAGCUAAUGGUCUCGAAGAGGACCUAGAGAACGCUCGGACUAGAAUCGCGAAGCUGGAGCGCGAGAAAAUCGAGGAGGCUGAAGAACACAAGAAGAUGAUAGGUUUCAUGAAGCAGACAAGGACGCGCGAGGUUACGUCGGAGAGAGGACGCCUCAUGGUAGCGGCGGCCGCACGUUUUGACAAAUUUUGGAAGUACAUGGCUGAUCGGGACAAGCUCGAAACGAAGAUUUGUCUUCACUGUCAGGCUCUCGGGACUUUGCAAUCGUUGGAUGUGUUGGAAUCGUGGGGUUUGCAGUACAAGCGUGAGGUUGAGGAAGUCGACGUGGAGGAGAUUACAGAACGAGAUCUUUCCUUAUCCCCUCCUCAUUCUGGAUCGAUUCAAGGUCUUGACCAAUUCGGGACGAAUGUGGGAAUAGUUGACUCGGCGACGGCGGCUUCUCUUCGUUCUCCGUCAGUUGACGUUGGGAGUGCUGCUACCGGGGGGGAGACGUCAAGUGUGGCGUUGGUUGCUGCGGUUGGAACUAGAGAGGACGUGCCUGCGGAGUUGAAAGACGGUCCGACGGAGGCUCCCACCCAGCAGUCGGUUGGCGUUCCGAACAACCCUGGUGCUUGA